AUGCGGUCGCUCAUCACCUUGGCUGCCCUGCUAGCGGUGGCCGAGGCUCAGUCAUCAAAUGGCUCUUUGCCUAAUGCGACUGAUCCUCUGACUGUCGAUGUCGGAUAUGGCAAGUAUCGGGGAUUCGAAGACGCCGGUACUCGUAAAUGGUACGGCGUUCGCUUUGCCGCUCCCCCAACAGGCCAGAACCGUUUCCGGGAUCCUCAGGACCCCGAGCCUUUUGACGGCGUCCAGGAUGCCACCAAAUUCGGUGCCAUCUGCCCGCCCCAGCAAUCGACCGAUUACACACUCAGUGGGCAGUCUGAUCGGUUCGUUGUGGACGAGGACUGCCUGUUCCUCAGUGUCACGGCCCCAACCAGCACCACUGACCUCAAGCCGGUCCAUGUGUUCAUCCAGGGCGGUGGCUUCAGCUCCAACUCCAACUCGAAUUACAACGCCAGCGAUGUGGUCACAGAUGCUGAGAUCGUCUCCGUGCAAUUUAAUUAUCGUGUUGGCAUGACCGGCUUCCUCUUCAGCGAGGAGGCUGUCGCGGAUGGUAGCCCCAACGCCGGAAUCAAGGACAUGAUCAAAUGCUUGGAAUGGAUCCAAGAACACAUCUCAAAGUUCGGUGGUGACCCAAGCCGCGUAACCAUCGAUGGCGUCAGCGCCGGAGGAAGUGCCGUCGCUUUGCUGCUGGCUGCCAACAAGGGAGCGUUGGGUGGCACCCUCUUCCACGGUGGAAUCGUCGAGUCAGGCGGCUGGGCCACCAUGCGAAAGGUCGAACAGGGACAGAAGGAAUAUGACUGCUUGACGGCGCAGACUGGCUGCAAUGGCACUGACAAUAGCCUGGCAUGCCUCCGCGAAACAGCCCUGGAGGACCUCUACAGCAGCAGUUGCUGGUUCGGCCCCAACCUUGACAACGACCUCUUCAGCGACCGCCUCGUGGAGAUGUAUGAGGCUGGCGAUGUUGCAGACGUCCCGACCAUCAUGGGAGCAUGCGCCAACGAAGGCACACUAUACAGCUUCGACAGCUCCGCCAACACGACUGAGGCGUUCGACAGCUACUUCACUGGACAGGUCCCCACUUUGACCAAUUCUUCACUUGCAAUCCUCAACGACCUCUAUGCGUACCAGCCGGCUCCCAAGUUCCCAGACUCGGGAAGCCUGUACCGCCAGGGAGCCAAUGCUAUCGCUGACCUCGGUACUCACUGUCCAAUCAAGUUCAUGCAGAACGCCUUGGCAGCCAAGGGAACCCCGACGUACAACUACAAAUACGCCGUCCGUGAUGCCGAGAACGAGGCCAAGGGCCUGGGAGCCUGGCACGUCGUGAACAACUACGCCUUCUACGGCGUCAACAGCACAGACAUGUCCGCGCCCACGAGCUACGUCGACGGGAGCAGGAACGCGGCGCUCAAGCAGGCGCGCGACUACUGGACCAGCUUCGUCCGCAACCUGGACCCCAACACCGACCGCAGCAGCGGCGCCCCGGAGUGGAACGCCUGGUCCGGCCCCGGCGCCGACGCCCGCGAGCGGCUCGUCAUCAACACGCAGACCAACGCCACCCGCGUGGAGCACAUGACGGAUGCCCAGAGCCUGCGCUGCGACGCGGCUCGCAACUUCACCCUCGGGCUCGGCGCCGGCUGGCCUAAUGAUCUCAAGGACCCGGCAAACGCGAUCAACAUUGACGCCGGUCUCGCGAAGCAGGCGCUGGAGGCGACGGAUUGCGGCUUCGAUGAGGGCUGUCGCGCGCCUGACUGCACGAUCAUCCCGCCCACGAGCGGACACUUCCCUGAGCAGGUUGCAAACGCUGAGUUUGUAUGCCCUGCGGCAUCGAGUCUGGUGGCGUCCAAGUCUCGGCGCUCUCGUCGCGCGUUCGUUGCCUAG